AUGACUCUUCCAAGAUUUGCAUCUGAAGAAGAGAAGAAAGAUCAUGGCUUUGGUUUUGUUAUGCUCGACUGGGUUUUGUUAAAAUCACUUACUAACCCGGACAUAAGUACGGUUGUCGCCGCUGCAGUUCGGCUUGCCUAUGUAGUGCAUCUAUACAAGAACCGUGACUUGAGUUGGGAUGUUGUGCCUAUCUACGUUUGUUCUGUGGUGGAGAUCUCGACCGCACUAGUCGCCUCUAGCAUCCCAACACUCAGAUUGGCAUAUCUGAAAUGUUUCGGAUCAGAGUCACAUAGGAAGAAGAAGAGUCGUACGUCCCAAAGUUAA